CAUAGAAGCAUUGCAACGUUGGCUAAACAGAAUUUCCGUAGUGAAUCGAUGUAAGGUGCCCAUGAAUAAUGCGGAAUUGAAUGGGCGAAAAGUGAUAUUGAAGUAUUUGUUUUAUGAGUUGGUGUCCGCGACGGCAGAGAUUAGAUUGAGCAUUGGGUUGGAGGAUGAAUUUCGAAAAUAUCGGUGA